CUUGUUGUGGGGUUGGCUGGUGGGGGUUAGAGAGAGAGUCUGAGUGAGGAGAGAGAAAGAGAAGGAAAAAAAAAAAAAAAAACUGAGGAAGAAAGAGAACAAAAUAAUAAUAAUAAUAAUAAUAAAAAAUUAUAGAAAGAGAAAUACAGACAGGAGAGAGCUUCCUGAGAGGGACCCAAAAGAUGGUCGAAGAGAGGGUCCUCUGAGAUCAUCCUGUAAAAGGCAGUAACAGAAAAAAUUAAAAUCCAAAAAAAAAAAAAAAAUACACUGACAUUGAAAUUAUUUUUUAUUUUUUAUUUAAAUUAUUUUUUUCUUUUGCUGCCUUUUGAGUCUCAAUCUCCACCGUCUCCUUCAACCUUUUCUGUUCGUUCCAUUCCUUCUCCAAAUUGUUAUUUUUUUUUUUUUUUUUGUUUUUCAACGUUUGUUGUUAAUAUCCCAUCUACCACCCCAGAAAAAAAAAAGUUUGCGUUAUUUACGGUCCACAACAGCUUCAGAAAAAAGUUAUUCUUCAGCACCCUUUGGCCCCUUUGUAUAUGAAAUAUAUUUUUCAGCUUCAUCGAAAUUCUUUGGAAAUCUGUAUGAAGAAGACCUGCUGUUGAAGCGGGCUAUGAACUUGUCAACAAAGAGGGUGUUGUAGAAUCAAUUUUAAAGUCUUAAUGAUGAGAGACCCUGAUAGCAAUAUGGACGCCAAAAACCUCGACGAAUUUUCAUUUGUUUGUAAAAUAGUAUUUUCGUAGGUAGAUAUCUAAAGCUUCGUCUUUUGCGGGUUGUUUUUAUCUUAUUGAAGGAAGUUUAUUUGUAUAGAAGAAGAGAAGAAGUAAAAUCUGGCGAUUUUUUAUAGUACAUUGUAUAGCGUCGUGGCUUUCAAAGGAAAAAACAGUCACCGCCUCCACCACUACAGCAUUUGGUUCAACAAGCUAUGGGAGGUCGAUGGAACCCUUUUGAAUUUGGGUUCUCAUAUUUCUUGGUUUUGAUUCUUGUUUCGAGUAUCGGGGAAUGCUCUUCGCUCAAUGAUGAAGGACUCCUUUUGUUUGCAUUCCGGCUGAAGAUAAAUUCUGAUCCUUUUGGUGUUUUGGCAAAUUGGAAUCCUAAUGAUGAAGGUCCUUGCCUGUGGUCGGGUGUUCAUUGUGUCGACGGUGAAGUGCAAAUGCUAAAUAUGACUGAUCUUUCUUUGGAAGGAACGUUAGCACCUGAGCUUGGGAAGCUUGGUCACUUAAGAGCUCUUGUGCUCUACAAGAACCAUUUCUCUGGUGAAAUUCCUAAAGAGAUUGGGGAGCUCACAGAGCUGGAGCUGUUGGAUUUGAGGGACAACAACUUGAGUGGAAAAAUUCCAGCUGACAUAGGCAGGAUGCUGUCACUGAAGCGCUUGUUGCUGUGUGACAACAGUUUUGAAGGAAGCAUUCCCCUAGAUCUUGCUAGGCUCAACAUGCUCUGUGAAUUUCAGUUUGAUGAAUACCUUGCAUCAAGUGAAGCCACUGGAAUUGCUUGUGUAAACAGAAAGUUCAGUUACUGCAUCUGGCGUAAUUCAAAUCAUUUAAACAUGGCAGAUUCUUUAUUAAGCCCAAUGAAAGGAGCUCUUAUGCGUUAUCUCAAUUUCUUGCCACUGCCACUUCUCAGAGUGCAUGGACAUGAAGACAGUUGCUAUGACCAUUUACCUGCUUCAUUUGAGCUCAACUUGGUUCAAAAUUCUCAGAAGUAUGUCAGUUUUACACGCCGUAAGUUACUAGAGCAAGCUAGUAAUCUUGCAGCUGCACCUGCACCUCCAGGUGGUGAAUCACCCUCUGGACAAAUUAUUGCCCUUCCAACAACCCGAAGCAGUGGGGCUUUUCCUGCUAUACCAAAUGCAAAGACUAAACCAGCAAAUCCUCCUGCAAUACCGCCUUCCUCUGCUGCCCCCCCACCCCAAAAUCCUUCGCAUGAGCCUUCCCAAAACUCUACUGUAGUUUCUGGAAAUCCAACUCAACAAAAUCCAUCCAGUGGAAGUUCUGGAAACUUGUGGAAGUAUGCAAUUAUUGUUGCAGGUGUGGCUGUCCUGCUCAUUGUUGCUGCAGCCAUGCUCUGCAUGUGCCGAAGCCAAGCUGUGAAGACAAUAGGUCCUUGGAAGACUGGAAUUAGCGGGCAGUUACAGAAAGCAUUUAUAACAGGUGUCCCCAAGUUGAACCGAUUAGAGCUGGAAACUGCCUGUGAGGAUUUUAGCAACAUCAUUAACACAAUUGAUGGUUGUACUGUGUACAAGGGGACACUGUCCAGUGGAGUUGAGAUUGCUGUUGCAUCAACAUCAAUAACUUCUUUAAAAGACUGGACCAAGACAGAAGAGAUGACCUACCGGAAGAAGAUCGAUACACUCUCACGGGUGAACCAUAAAAAUUUUGUCAAUCUCAUUGGCUAUUGUGAGGAUGAUAAUCCUUUCGUUAGAAUGAUGGUUUUUGAGUAUGCUCCAAAUGGAAGUCUAUUUGAGCAUCUUCACGUGAAAGAAGUUGAACACCUUGAUUGGAAUGCAAGAAUGAGGAUUCUAAUGGGAACAGCGUAUUGUCUCCAAUAUAUGCACCACGAUCUAAAUCCACCUGUAUCACAUUAUAACCUGAAUUCAAGUGCUAUCUAUUUAACUGAUGAUUAUGCGGCUAAGAUUGCAGAGGUUGGGUUUUGGUCAAAAAUGAAGCCGAAGAGUUCCAAUGAAGAUGAAAAAGAAAACUCUGAAUUGCCACCGCCUGCCGAUCCAGAAACAAAUAUCUACAGUUUUGGAAUAUUAUUGCUUGAGAUCAUUUCCGGAAAACUUCCAUACUCAGAAGAGCAAGGACACUUAGUUAACUGGGCUGCCGAAUAUUUGAAUGACAAGCGAUCCAUCAGCUAUAUGAUUGAUCCGACUCUCAAAUCAUUCAAAAACAAUGAACUUGAUGUGAUAUGUGAGGUUAUCCAAGAUUGCAUCCAGCCAAAUCCCAGACAGAGACCAACAAUGAAGGAAAUUACUUCCAAGUUGAGGGAAGUGAUUAACAUCUCAGCAGAGCAGGCAACCCCAAGACUUUCUCCACUCUGGUGGGCUGAACUCGAGAUCUUAUCAGUGGAGGCGACAUAAAUCCUUAUCUGAAUAUCUUUUCUGUGUUAGAGAGGAAUGGAAUGGAAGCUGGUGAUGGCAUCAGAGUAAGUAAGUCACCUGGAGCCCACCACUGCCGCCGCAGCUCUUCUGAUGAGAAAGCCAUACACAGCCACUGUCACCACCACCCACUAAAACUUUUUACCAUCACUAUCCGCCGCAGCUUAUAUCCAACUCUUCUAUACAAAUACGUUAAAAAAGCGUUCCAAUUGGAUUCACGCUUUAAGUGAUGUUACUUAAUGUCACUUUCUAGUGAAUCCAACUUUAUUUGGAGUUUCAUUUUCUUGUAUGACUCAUAUUACCUAUUUAACAAUUUACAAUUGCACUCUGCACAAAAAAAAGUCAGCUGGUUUCCCCUGGUUGCUUAUUUGUUUAUUUAUCCAACUAAAGAUAUGUUUAUAAUUUCAAUUGCUGUCGUGUGUCGAACUAGAAAUAUAAAAUUCUGACAAAACCUUGGGUUACCUGUAUAUAUUUCGCAGCAUUAUAUAUAAACUAUAUAUUAUUCUGUGUAUAUAUUAUAUAAUAUUCAAUUAUUUAUUC